AUGGAAAGCUUAAUUCCAUGUCUUGUUCCUCUACUUCUUCUUCCUUUCUCUGUAUACCUCAUCCUUUCCAUCCGCAAAAAGGCCUCCGGCCAUCGGAAAAACCUUCCCCCGGGCUCCAUGGGUUGGCCGUUUCUCGGCGAAAACAUGGAUCUCGCCAGUUUAGGGUGUCAGAAGCUAGUCAUGGACAGAAUGCAGAAACACUCCCGAGAUAUAUUCAAAACCUCGUUGUUGGGAGAGAACAUGCCGGUUCUCUGCGGCGCAGACGGAAACAAGUUCAUCUUGAAGAACCAGAACAAACUAUUCCGCCGAUGGGUCCCUCCUUCACUAAUCAACGCCAUGUUCCAAGAUCUUGACCGAACCAGACGUCGGGAACCCAAAGCAACCUUCGACAACUUCCAAUACGUCGUCCUCAAGCCGGACGCCUUAAAGCUGUACGUGCCAGUGAUGGACUCGUUGGCUCGUGAACAUCUUGAAACCAAAUGGAGAGGUAACUCAGUGGUGGAGGCUUUUCCAUUGUCGAAGAGAUAUGCCCUCUCGUUGGCGUGCAGGGUGUUCAUGAACAUAAAGGACAUGACCGGUUUCAUGGAACCCUUUACUCUUAUGACGAAAGGGUUUCUAUCCAUCCCGGUAAACUUGCCCUGGACGGCCUCAACUCGCGCUAUGAAAGGUGGGAGAGUGGUGCGCCGCAAGCUGAUGAGGAUCGUGGAGAAGAGGAGGAGGGAGAUGAGCAAGGGAGAGGAUCUUUUGUCGAAGAUGGUGGCGGCAAAGAAUGAAGAUGGGGAAUAUAUGAGUGAUAGCAUGAUUGUUAAUGUCUUUAUUGGUUUGCUUAUUGGCGCCGAGUAUGAACUCUCUUCAUUGAUCACUAAUGUCUUAUAUCAUCUUGCUGAGCUUCCCAACAUUUACAAUCAAGUUUUGGAAGUAAUGGUAGAAAUUUUUCGUUGGAACAGAGCAAAUGGAGGUAGCAAAGACGAAAGGCCCGAACGAGCUUCUGACGUUUGA